AUGCUCGGCAAUGUUCUUCGAGGCCAUGCGCUUGUUCGCAACCUUCGGACAUGCAUUCGUCGCUCAACUUUUACGCCGAUAGCUAGUCGACCAACUACUUUAUUAGUAAAGCCCAUCCAAUUUUCUGUUAGGACUUUUUAUGUUUCUCGAUCCCAUCAGAAUCAUGCCAGCGAAGCUGCUCGCUCAAUCGACGGAAACGAUAGCCCAUCGGCUCUCUCAGAAAAUAAUGAGAAGCUGACAAAGUUCUCUGAACUGAGCGACCAUAACCUGGUCAGCUCAAAAGUUAUCAAGGCGAUUACGGGUCGCAUGCACCUGUCAGACAUGACCGAUAUUCAGGCAGAGACGAUCCAUCACACUCUAAGAAAAAAAGAUGUACUUGCUCAAGCGAAAACAGGCACAGGCAAAACGCUUGCUUUCCUUCUUCCUGUCAUCCAGAAUAUUCUCAAGUUGGACCCGUCACUGGAGUUUCCCCGUGAUAACCGUAGAAGAUCGCGUGGGACCCCAGGAAGUAUUCUCGCACUUAUUAUUUCGCCAACCCGUGAACUCGCGGAACAAAUUGCCGAAGAAGCACGGAAAAUUGUGAGCCUUACAUCUAUUCAAGUACAAACAGCUGUCGGUGGGACAAGAAAACAAGAGGGCCUCCGAAGGAUUCAGCAUGAAGGCUGCCAUCUUCUAGUUGGAACCCCAGGCCGCUUGAUUGAUAUAUUCAGUGAUCCGAGAACUGGGAUAGCGGCACCAAAAUUGGCUAGUUUGGUCUUGGAUGAGGCUGACCGUUUGCUUGAUGAUGGUUUUGCCCCCGAUAUUCAAGAGCUACUACGAUUUUUACCAAAUCCAGCUGCGGUUGAUCGUCAAACUCUUUUGUUUUCCGCCACAAUGGCUCCAGAAGUAAUGCACAUGGUUCGAAGUACAAUGAAGCCAGACUUUUCAUUUAUAAAGACAGUACGAGAUGACGAGGUUCCAACUCAUUUAAGGGUUCCUCAGAAAGCCGUUUUCCUUCGUGGAUUUGAAAAUCAGAUGCCAGCUGUGAUGGAGAUUGCUACGCAAGCGAUUCAGGAAUAUGAUGCGGACCGCGCCAAUACUCGGCCUUUCAAAGCCAUUGUUUAUUUCAACUCCACGAACGAGGUUACUCUAGCGAAAAGUGCUUUUGACUCUUUGCAGGUCACCCCAGGAGACAUGUUUUCUAAACACCCCUUAGGCUUAGCGACCAUGGAAAUGCACUCGCGUCUAACCCAGGGUCAAAGGACUUAUAACUCAAAGAGGUUCCGUCUUGCACAGUCCGCUAUUCUGUUUUCUUCUGAUGUGACGGCCCGUGGAAUGGACUUUCCAGAUGUCACCCAUGUUAUACAAGUUGGUGUCGCGCGUGAUAGAGAUUCAUACAUUCACCGUCUCGGUCGGACCGCCCGUGCAAAUAAGACUGGCAAAGGGUGGAUAUUAGCUACCGAUACAGAUUACCGAGAUUUUAACUAUAGACUCCGCGGUCUUCCCAUCGAGGAAGACAACACCUUGAAAACCGCCGUUGUUGAUAUGUCAGCUAAGCAUGAAGACCUCCCCACGCCUGUGGCUUCGAUUAUUUCCCAAGUUAAAGCCGCAUAUUCCCAGGUGGACUAUGGUUUGAAGGAAAAAUGCUAUGGCUCCUUUCUGUCCAUCAUGGGAUCGUCGAGGGAAAAACUUCGACUAUUAAAUCAGAUGACAUCCAACCUUUGGGGUAUGGCGUCACCUCCUACUGUUUCGCCGACUUUCGCCCGCAAGCUCGGCCUUAACAACCAAAGAGGCAUAAAUAUUAGAGAACAAGGCGCUGGCGAAGGGUUCCGAACGCAGAGAAAUGCGGAUUUUGAACAGCCAGAAGGACAAUUCCGCCGAUCUAGCUACCGUGGCCAAGACUCUCGUUUUACUGGUCGGCGAGACUUUGAUUCCAGGGGCGGCAGAUCUUAUGGUAGAGGACACGACAGGCAGUUUGUGGGAUCUCGAUCUCGAUCCCGAUUUUAA